GUGAUAAUACAUCUCUUUAUACAUUCUGUGAUCUAGCCCAUGUCGCAUUUAAGUAUCGUAUGAAUACACGGACAAGAUAGCUCCCCGACCUGUUAAUUAAUUUCCCUGGGUGUCCGCUGGUCGUGCUUCUGGACGGGUCGUCUGGUGAACUCGCGACACAUCUAGCUCCCACCCACUCGCGCGUCGGCGUCAAGGUGUGGAGAUGGAGUCCGCGGGCACGGAGAUCAGCUUCACGUUCCCCGGUUCUGGAUCUGGUGCAUCCAAUGGAUGUAGCGGCCCAGCAGUCUCACCAGAUUCGUUGCGGUUUGCAAGGCAUCCUGGAUCCCUGGGCGCAGUUCGUGAGGUCACCGAAGAUGAUCCCAGCGGCCGAUUCCCAGAUUUAUUAGAUACAGUUGAAGCUGUUCUGCGCCCAGACGUCAGCGAUUCAGAAGAGAAUAAGGCCAGCAGGGCGGAGAAUGUGUAUGUAGCCCUGGAUGACAAGGUUGGAUGGGUUAGCAGGAAACGGCGGGAUGUCAUGCCAGACGAAAGACCAACAAGUGCAGACAGGGUCACCGCGCUGGAAAAAGCUCUAACCGGGUUUGCAGAUAGGGAUUCAGAUUCUGUUGUGACUCCGUCCGUUGGGCUAUCAUUUGACUCGAUAAAUGAGGCAUAUGAAUUCUACAACCUGUAUUCUUGGGAGUGUGGAUUUGGUGUUCGCUAUGCAAAGAGCAGGACGAAUGUAAAAGGGACAAAAUGCAUGCAGGAGUUCGUCUGCUGCUGCUCGGGCAAACCAAAAGAAGCAAAUACGAAGUCUACAUGGUGUCAAUGCCAAGCCAUGAUAAGGCUUCUCCGAACGGACGACGAAGGCUGGUACAUCAACAAAUUCAGAGUUGAGAAUGUGCCGUUCACCAAGAGAUGUUUAAGGACUCUGUGUGGGAAGCUUAGCAGGGAGCAAGCUGAUGACGAUGUGUGAAAGACAAUGGCUAUUUUUUCAGAAAUGAAAGCACAAGACAGCGAGUUCACAUACAACAUUCAGGUAGAUGAUGAGGAUACGGACCCUUAUGUGGAUGAACGGGCGUAGCAAAACACAGUACCAUCACUUCGGUGACGUUAUCACCUUCGACCCGACAUACAAAACAAACCUGUAUGAUAUGCCAUUUGGUCUGUUUGUGGGGGUGAAUAAUCAUUUUCAGAGUGUGCUUUAUGCGGGGGUUUUGAUGCGAGACGAGACCGAGGAUACAUUCAAAUGGAUUUUUGAUGAGUUCGUGAAGAUGAUGGGUGGUAAAAAACCAAUUACAAUUCUAACAGAUCAAGCUAGAGCCAUGGAAAAGGCAAUCGAGGAGGUGUAUCCUGAAUCCACGCAUCGCUGGUGCAAAUGGCACGUGCUGAAGAAGGCCAAAGAAAACCUGGGUGCUCAUUACACCAAGAAGUCAGAUUUCAGGGCUGAAUUCCACAAGCUUGUGCAUGAGAUGCUGACUAUUGAUGAAUUCGAGGACGGCUGGGCAGCAUUGCUUGACAAAUAUUCACUGAAAACAAAUCCAUAUCUCGUGCAGAUCUACGAGACUAGGCAGAAGUGGGCAAAACCUUACUUUGCCGGGAAAUUCUGUGCUCGCCAAACUAGCACUGGCAGGAGUGAGAGUGCAAACCAUAUGCUGAAGCAGUAUGUCCCCCCGUCAUGCUCAAUGAAUCUAUUUGUCAAGCAAUACAACAAGCUCCAGUUCGACCGAGAACAGGAGGAAGGAUUCCAGGAGAAACGUACUAGACUGAGUCAUGUUGUGCUGAAGGUGAACACCUCUCUUGAAGUACACGCAAGCAAGAUAUAUACUAGGAAGAUGUUUGAGAUUUUUGGUGGCAUACUGUAUGAAUCUGGAAUGUAUGAUGUCGAAGAAAUCAUAGAGAAGCAGAAAUACAUAGUGACACACCGGAGAGCCGAGCUCUGUGAGAAGUGGUUCAAGUGCCGGUUUGAAGUCAACGUGUCUAAUAACCUUGGUUAUUUCUCGUGCAUUUGCGGUCUGUUUGAGCACAUGGGCAUGGUUUGCUGUCACUCGCUACAGGUGAUGGUUCUACUACGCCUGAAGCAGAUACCUUCGAGGCAUAUACUGAAAAGGUGGAGCAUACACGGCAGAGACAACCUGCCAGCGCAUCUGAAGCACUAUCAACAAGACAUGGGUCUGUCGGAUGCGCCCACUUUCAGGCAUUCUGCUCUGUACAUCACUGCCCUGGAGGUUGCAAAUAUGGGGGACAGGAACCCGGCAGCUUCUGAGUUUAUGAUGACAGGCCUGGUUGAACUUAGAACAAGAGGCGCCGAGGUGUGCGCGUUCAAUGACGGCCUUGGCGUCGUUGAGCAACAGGUAUCCAACAAUGUAGUUCUUGGCGGUCCAAACUCAAAGUUUUUCAACGGCAAGACAUCUUGCUCCGUAAGAAGUGUGGAAGGCAAUCGAACUAAAUCACGCGAUGCCGCGUCUGUGUCUAUGCAUCCUCCAAUUAGCCAGGCCUCAGAAGCAUCAUGCCCAAAUGGUGAUGGGUACAAUUCAGAUUUCUUUGAAGCCGCGUCCAGCCUGAUGCCCAAUGUUGAACAAGAACUGCUUGCCCCGGAAAGAAAAAACAAACAAGGCGGGCCAACCACUAGCCGUGAUAAACUCCUUAUGAGAAAGACAUCGCCAAGAGAUCUAGGUUCUGUUCCAUCUGCAGGGGCAAAGGUCACAAAGCCAGCACUUGCCCUGAUCAAGGUGAUAUCCCCAAAAAGGAAAGGAAGGUGGCCACAUGCGGCAAAUGCAGGGUUCCAGGGCACCGAAGGAUGACUUGCAGCAAGCCUCUCGUCUCGAUGAUGCCCGGUGUCCCUCCUUCACAUUAGACGGUGAAUUUCGUACGCUGAUUCCCCCGUGUAACAUUUGCUUAGGUAUGGGCGUGCUGUCUGAACGUAUCUAGAUGCACAUGUGUUGUGCUGUCUGAACAUACGUACUUGCGUUUUAUAUAAUCUAUCAAACGUGUUUGAACGA